AUGAUGCGAGACCACAACAACGCUGCUUCGUUUCAUUCCAGCACCCAGGUCUGCGUCUUCCCCAUGUCGACACUAGCAUUCGCAGGCUCCCUGAGCCAUCUUCCGCUCGCUCGACCGUCGCUGUUUUGUCGCACCUCCACAACCCUGCAACGACGGCCUCGCGCUGUGCAGCGUCAAUGUCCCCAAUCCAUCCGAGCACAUCUGGUGCGCGCCAAUGAACCUCACGACAAUAGCAUACUCGAAUCAUUUGCUGAGAAGAUCCGCGGAGAGUGGGAUGGAUAUGAGGGAAACUUCGACUCCGGAACAGGUGCACCAGAAGCUGUCCCAGAUUACUACAUUCCGGACCAGUUCGUUGAAUGGGGCAUCGUCCCUCUUGGCUUCGAGUCUACUCACUCCGUCAUCGUUCGCGGCACCAAGCUUUACAGAAAGUUUUUCCGCGUGCUCCCUUCCGUAAGCCUGUUUGCAGACCACGUGGAUUUGGAGGAAGACUUUCAACAGCUUGAUAUCGCCGCAGAAGCAGGUGCGCAUGUUUUUCCGGACGGGUCCUUCGCCACGGGCCCUGAGAAAGUCUGCAUCAAGAGGGAAUCGUUGCUUGACAAAUGGCCGAUGGCCGAAAUGUGCCUGCACGACCCGCGCGAGGACGUGCGAAAUGCUCUGCACGUCAAACUGAAAUUCGAUUUUGAGAAGCGGGAACUGGUCGACUCGUUGCGGGCUGUGGUGGAAAAGUGGAGCUGUGUGUACUGCGACGGGGCCAACAUCGAGGGGAGUUCCGGCUUUGUGAAAGGGUGGGUCUCGGAUGAUCCGUCGCAUCCGAGUGCGCUCGCCGGGAGCUGGAAGGCGGUCAGCGCGGGCGACGAACAGAUCGUGGACAGGGCAGCGCCACAGAGUGUCCCGAGCAAGCAUCUGUUCCUGCCAAACGGCAUCGACGUCGCGGUACUCGAGGGAGAUGGCGUGCACGUGCAAGUCGGAUGGCUCGUCGACGAGGCGACGCGCGUCGUGAUGAGGCGCAGCUUUGGACAAGAUGGGAGCGUAGUAAGCUCGCAGCGUAUUGUCGAGCAUCGAGUUUAA